AUGGCCAAAUCUUUCCCAAUACUCUGUUUCCUUUUGUUCUUCAUCAUGAUACAUUUGGUGUUACUUUCUGCCCCUCGACAGUGGUGGCCACCACGUGGAGUUGUUAAGGUGAAAUGUCCAUAUAAGAAAGUAGACCUGAGUUGGUACAAUAAAACAGCAAAUCCCUGCCCUGGCUUAUAUCAACCCAUCUGUGGCACUAAUUUUGUAACCUAUGACAACCCCUGCAUCCUGUGUAUUGAGAGCUUGAAAUCUCGUGGCAGAAUUAAGUUUUUCCAUGAUGGAAGAUGCUAGCUGAGUGGACUUGGAUGGGAAACAAGAUAUAUUCUUUUUCUUUCCAUCACUACAAUUCUCCUCUUCCCCCUCAGC